CGGUGUUUUGUGUGUGCGUGGAGCGUCAAACGGUUCAAAGAGGAAGGAAGAUGGCGGAAAACAAAGGCGAUGGGGACAGUGAGAACCCCGAAAAUGUUAUCUUGGUCCCUUGCGUAGAGGAUACCGCAACUGAUGUGGAGAAGGAAAUGGAAACCCCGGUGAUUACAGAGCAGGCACAGGUAUAUAUUGAGGCCCAGAGUCCAGAAAAGAGCGGCGCUGCGCCGAACGGAGGAGGGGAGAGCAGCAGCCCCGGGAACAGCAAUAGAGAGAACGCGGAGACAGCGGGCACCGAGGAGCCCGAAAUAAGCACAGCUACGGCCUCCACUGCCAUAGUAUUACCUUUGGCAGCUCCCGCUCAUUAUCCUGUAACCUUGACGGCGCCUCCUCCGUCAACCGGCACGUCGACUCCGCUCGUUUCGGGCCCCAUUGCUUCAAUUGCUCACACAUCGACCCCCACCUCCUCGACAGAACCCGUUGCUACCCCCGUUACAUCGACUACACCCUCUCCAGCUCCCACUACCCUAGCGCCUGCUCUUUCAUCCUCGGCUGAGCAAAUACCACCCCUACCAGUUUUGACUGAAACUCCCCCAAUGCCCGAUUCCCUGGGUACGCCGGGACCGGUGACCCACACUGUAACGGAGACCCCUCCAGUGCACCCCACUUCGACGACGACCCCUCCGGUGCUCACCUCAACAACGAUGACCCCACCUGUACCCACCACUCCGACAGCGACUCAACCAGCACCCACCUCUACAACUACAACCCCUCCCGUGCCCACGACACCGACGGCACACCCCCCGGUACUCAUGGCUCCAGCUGUACCUUCACAGACUCCCAGCACCCCAACUGCUUCGACUCCCUCUGCAGUAUCAGUUGCAGAUUCCUCGCCUUCCACAGCUCCAGCACCGACGCCUCCGAUCAAUCUGCUUGACACUUGCGCUGUAUGCCGGCAGAGCCUACAGAGCCGGGACUGUGAACCGAAGCUGCUGCCGUGUCUGCAUUCGUUUUGUCUUCGUUGUAUCCCUCCACCAGACCGCCAGGUCAGCCUACAGCUGGGGCCGCACGGACAGGAGACGCAGAUCGUGAAUGUAAUGCGCUGCCCGGUCUGCCGGCAGGACUUCAAGCAGACAGAUGUGGUGGACAAUUAUUUUGUUAAAGAUACGUCGGAGGUUUCUGGUGGCUCUGAUGAAAAUUCAGCACAGGUGUGUACAAGCUGUGAAGACAAUGCUCAUGCUGUGGGCUUCUGUGUUGUGUGUGGUGAGUGGCUUUGCAAAACUUGCAUAGAAGCUCACCAGAGAGUUAAAUUCACAAAAGACCAUAUGAUCCGUAAGAAGGAAGACGUUUCUUCAGACUCAGUGGGAACCUCAGGGCAACGUCCUGUGUUUUGUCCAGUACAUAAACAAGAAGCGUUGAAGCUUUUCUGUGAGACAUGCGACAGACUAACUUGCCGGGACUGCCAGCUGCUGGAACAUAAAGAGCACAGGUACCAGUUUUUGGAAGAAGCCUUUCAGAACCAAAAAGGGAUAAUUGAGACGUUUAUGGCAAAGCUUCAAGAGAAAAAAAACUAUGUGAACUUUGCUGCUUCCCAGGUGCAAAGCAGGAUAAAGGAAGUAAAUGAAACUCACAAAAAAGUGGAGCAUGAAAUCAAAGUUGCAGUUUUCACUCUAAUCAAUGAGAUUAACAAAAAGGGAAAAUCUUUGCUGCAACAGCUAGAGAGUGUGACUAAGGAACGAAAUAUGAAGCUAAUGCAUCAACAAAAGGAUAUUACCAGCCUUGCUCAGCAGGUUAUGCAUGUCCUUAACUUUGCCAACUGGGCUAUCUGCAGUGGAAGCAGCACAGCUUUGUUAUACAGCAAAAGACUGAUUACCUUCCAGUUACGAUAUAUACUCAAAGCCCGUUGUGAUCCUGUUCCCUCUGCCAAUGGUGCGGUGCGUUUUUUCUGUGACCCCACAUUCUGGGCUAAGAAUGUGGUCAAUCUUGGUAACCUAGUGAUUGAAAACAAGCCUCCUCCAGUACAUGCCCCUAAUGUGGUGGUUGGACCUGGGCCUGGGCCUGGGCCUGGGCCUGGACCUGGUCAGGUGGCCAGUGUACCAAACCACACAGGAAAACAUCCAGGUCAAAUCAACUUGGCACAACUAAGGCUACAGCACAUACAGAAUGCUGCAUUUGCUCACAAGCAGCAACAAAUGCAACAGCUUCGGAUGGCACAGCAUGUUCCUCAGCAUCCACGGCCAGGGGCCCCUCAGAUGGUUCAGCAGCAGCCACCCAGGUUAAUCAGCAUGCAAACUAUGCAGCGAGCCAGUAUGAAUGGUGCUUUUCAGGCUCACCAGAUGAGAAUGGCCCAGAGCCAGUCCAGAAUGCCAGGUGUUCCCCGGCACAAUGGCCAACAGUACCCAAUGAUGCAGCCACAGCUACAAAGACAGCACUCCAACCCAGGUCAUACAGGGCCUUUUCCAGUUGCUUCACUACAUAAUAGCGUUGCCAACCCCACUAGCCCAACCACUGCCAGCAUGGCAAGUGCAAACCGUGGUCCUACCAGCCCCUCUGUAUCCACCAUUGAGCUGAUUCCUUCAGUGACCAAUCCAGAAAAUCUUCCCUGCCUUCCAGACAUUCCACCCAUACAGCUUGAAGAUGCUGGCUCUAGUACACUUGACAAUCUGCUAAGCAGGUACAUUUCAGCAAGCCAUCAUAUUCCUCUGGCUCCAACAGGUAACAUGAAUCCAUCUCCAGGACCUUCUGCCCUUUCUCCAGGUUCAACAGGUAUCACAAACUCGCACACUCCAGUGAGGCCUUCCAGCACUUCCAGCACAGGUAGCAGAGGCAGUCGCUCUCAAUCUCUUUCCAGCUGUGGUUCCUCUGGGCGAGCAGCAUCAGGAAUUGAACAGAUGAAGAUCAAGCAAGAGCCAGGAGUGGAGGAAGAAUGUGGUUUCACAGGAACAAUGGUCAAGCAGGAAAGGGGUGAUGAUGGACGCCGCAGUGCCUGCAUGUUAAGCAGUCCUGAAAGUAGCCUCACUCCCCCUCUGACAGCCCCAGCACCUUUGGAUCAUGACCUUGAUGUGUUACGAAGUCUUGAAGAGCAUGUGAAAAUGGAGCGAAAGGAAUCUUCCGGAAGUUGUAAGCAGCAAGCCCUGACGACGACGACUCCAGUUGCUAAUGGCAAAGGCUCUCCCAGAGGUUUCCUACAUCGGUUACCUCGUGUGACAGGCCCAAACAAUGAUAGCAAAGAUGAUGACCCAAAUGAGGACUGGUGUGCUGUCUGCCAGAAUGGAGGAAACCUACUAUGCUGUGAUAAGUGCCCUAAAGUAUUUCACCUCACCUGCCACGUUCCCACUCUUCUAAGCUUUCCUAGUGGAGAGUGGAUCUGCACUUUCUGUAGAUGUCUGAAUAAGCCAGAGGUAGAAUAUGACUGUGACAAUUUGCAGCUCAGCAAGAAAGGGAAAACUGUCAAUGGACUGAACCCUGUUGACCAAAGAAAAUGUGAACGUCUUUUACUCUACAUUUUUUGCCACGAGUUAAGCAUGGAAUUUCAUGAGCCAGUUCCAGCCUCUAUACCCAACUAUUACAAAAUCAUUAAGAAGCCAAUGGAUCUGGGUACAGUAAAGAAGAAAUUGCAAAAGAAGCACUCUCAACACUAUCAAACACCGCAGGAGUUUGUAUCAGAUGUACGGCUCAUCUUUAGGAAUUGUGCAAAAUUCAAUGAAAUGUCUCGAAUUAUCCAAGUAUAUGAUGAGAAAACACAGAUUAAUUUGCAGGCAGAAUCUGAGGUGGCGCAGGCAGGUAAAACUGUUGAGCUUUUCUUUGAGGAAAAGCUGAAGGAAACUUACACAGAUCAGAGCUUCCCAGCCGUCACUGACCUUGAACCUGAAGAGGAUGAAGAAAUUACAGAGGACUCUGAUGAUGACUUCGUACAGCCACGGCGCAAACGCUUAAAAAUUGAUGAAAAACCUGUUCACAUCAAAUAACCUGGAUAAUGUAAAAAUUCCUUGAAAAGCUACUUAUGAAGCAUGGACCAUUUUAAAGAAAAAAAAAAAGAAACAAAAAAAGAAGAAA